CUCACUCUUCAGCAUUACAAAUUUACAAUCACAACACUUCUAUAAUACUUUCUCUCUCCUCUACCUCCUGGCAUUCCAUUGCCCGGGAAGUCUCAUAUUGCGCUCAUCUUUUCAUCGAGGAGAGAGAACUCAAGCCAUAUAUUCAUCUGUAAACCCACAAAACAGGCUCAAUUGGUUUCCGCAUUGUCUUCAGUUAGCUAACUAGUGCCAAGAAUGGUGGGCAAAUUUGUGGUGGAUUUAGAUAAGCCUCUGGUUUCCCAGGUUGGCCAUCUUGGAGAAGCUUAUGAUGAAUGGGUUCACCAGCCAAUUGUUAGCAAGGAGGGCCCUCGUUUUUUUGCAAACGACAUUCUGGAGACUCUAACUCGCACUAGGUGGUGGGUGAUUCCGCUGGUGUGGCUACCAGUAGUUUGCUGGCUUGUUUUCGUGUCUAUGCAGAGGAGCCUUACCCCCGCUGAAGCAGCAACCACACUAGUGUCUGGUAUCUUUACAUGGUCACUGCUGGAGUAUAGUUUGCACAGAUUUCUUUUUCACAUGAAAACACAAAGUUACUGGGGAAAUACAUUUCAUUAUCUUCUUCAUGGUUGCCAUCACAAACACCCCAUGGAUGCUCUGCGGCUUGUCUUUCCUCCAGCUGCAACAGCAAUUCUUUGCGUACCAAUCUGGACUGUGGUAAGGCUAUUAUCUGCUCCAUCUGUUGCGCCUGCUUUUUUCGGUGGUCUGCUGUUGGGAUACGUGAUGUACGAUACGACUCAUUAUUAUUUGCACCACGGACAGCCAAGCACAGGAGUUCCCAAAAACCUUAAGAGAUACCACUUGAAUCAUCACUUUCGUGUUCAAGAGAAGGGCUUUGGAAUCACCUCCUCCUUAUGGGAUCAUGUGUUUGGAACAUAUUCAAGUCCUAAAGUUGUAUGCUAACAGAGGUGAUCUUAACAAUUCUAAUGAGGCAUGAAGGCUUUUUGAAGUAUGUGAGAAACUUACUGAGCUCAAUCUUUGCAUAUUUCUCACGGCCUUGUUUUCUUGUCUUAUUUUUGCAAUAGUGGAACACUAAUUUUUGUGUUUUGUCUGUAAAGUGCUAAAGUUUCACCACUAUGUCUUACCUGAAAACCGAAGCAUUACUUUUCUUUGUAAAGGGAUGUGUCCUCCGGCUGAAGAUUUCACCCUCCUUUCGCCCUGAUAAAAAUGAAGGGAAGCCUAUCCGCUAAAUUGUUGUAUAUGCAGUGAGAGCCUAAGAUGAAAUUAUGUUCUUGUAAUUUAAUUGAUGUUCGGUUAAAGUAUCUGAUUAUCAAUUCAAAUUACUUUGCGUGGUA